AUGUUAACAUCAGGUGGAUUUUUUCCUGUUAUUUUUCUUUCAGAAAAUGUAAUCCUUGGAGCAGAGGGCCAAGAAUUGGUUUAUCCUAAAAAGCUUCCUCUCAUACAGAAGCGAGAUGUUGGGCAUGCCCAUGAUUACGACAUAUCGGAAAUGUAUGAAGAGGAAUUGUUAUAUGAAAUAAAACUAAAUAGAAAAACUUUACUCCUUCACCUUCUAAGAUCAAGGGAGUUCCUAGCCUCAAAUUAUAGUGAAACACACUACACCACAAAAGGAGAAGCAUUCAUGAGGCAGGUUCAGAUCAAGGAGCACUGUUUUUACCAAGGAGCCAUCAUACAUGAACUUGAGUCUGAUGCCAGUAUCAGCACAUGUAAUGGUCUGAGAGGAUUCUUCAGAAUACGUGACCAAAGAUACCUCAUUGAACCUGUGAAAUACUCAGAUGAGGGGGAGCAUUUGGUGUUCAAAUAUAACCCAAGUGUGCUGUAUUCAACCAAUUAUUCUUGUGCAGAGCUCAAUUUUACUGCAAAAAAUCAUCUAAAGAAUAUCAGCUCUAAGGAAGACUCUCAAAAAGAAAACAACCAUAAAGAAAAGUAUAUUGAACUGUUCAUUGUUGCUGAUGACACCGUGUACCGUAGGAACAGUCAUCCUCAUGACAAACUAAGGCACCGAAUUUGGGGAAUGGUGAAUUUUGUCAACUUGAUUUAUAAAACCUUGAAGAUCCAUGUGACAUUGGUUGGCCUUGAAAUAUGGACAAAAGGAGAUAAAAUAGAACCGGAUUCAAAUAUAAAAACCACCUUAUUACGUUUUUCAGCUUGGCAAGAAACAACCCUUAAAAAAAGGAAGAAUUUUGAUCAUGGUAUAUUACUCAGUGGGAAGUGGCUUUACACUAAUGCCCAAGGAAUUUCUUAUCCAAAGGGUAUGUGCCUGCCCUAUUCUUCCUCCAGUGUAAUUAAGGAUCUCUUGCCUGAUCUGAAUAUAGUUGCAAACAGGAUGGCACAUCAGUUGGGGCAUAAUCUUGGGAUGGACCAUGAUGCAUUUCCGUGUACCUGCCCAUUAGGAAAAUGUGUGAUGGAUAGUAGUGGAAGCAUCCCUGCAUUUAAAUUCAGUAAAUGUAGCCAAAUCCAAUACCAGCAAUACCUGGAGGAUUACAAACCAACAUGUAUGCUCAAUAUUCCGCUUCCUGACAAACCAUAUGAUAUCCCUUACUGUGGAAACAAGAAAGUGGAUGAGGGAGAAGAGUGUGACUGUGGCCUUGUUCAGGAGUGCACUAAUCCUUGCUGUGAAGCUCACAAAUGUAUUUUGAAACAAGGAUAUACUUGUGCAGAAGGAGAGUGUUGUGAAUCUUGUCAGUUGAAAACAGCAGGAUCUGUGUGCAGACCAGUGAAAGAUGAAUGUGAUUUACCUGAAGUGUGCAGUGGCCACUCCCCUGAAUGUCCUAAGGACCAAUUCAAAGUCAAUGGAUUUCCUUGUAAGAACCAAGAAGGCUACUGCUUCAUGGGGAAAUGUCCCACUCGGGGUGAACAGUGUUCUGAAUUAUUUGAUCAUGGAGCAAAAGAGAGUGUUGAUAUAUGCUACAAGAUGAAUAAAAAAGGAAAUAAAUUUGGAUACUGCAAAAGCAAAGACAACAGAUUAGUUCCCUGUGAAGAGAAAGACAUCAAAUGUGGAAAGAUAUUCUGUACGGGAGGACAUCAUUCCAAUCUCAUUGGGGAAGACAAGAUCUAUCAUCUUAAGGAUGCAAAGCAGAAUGACACUGUUGAAUGCAAAAGCAUGUUUUUAUACUACAAUUCUAAAGAUGUUGGCCUGGUUUUUCCUGGGACAAAAUGCGGAGAAGGAAUGGUGUGCAGCAAUGGUGAAUGUGUAAAAACUGAAGACAUCUACAAUUCCACCAAUUGUCCCUCUCAUUGCAAUGAAAAUUCUGUGAAUGGUGGUGAACUGCAGUGUACUUGUGAGGAAGAACAAGUACUUCCAGACUGGGAAGAAAACUUAAAUCUUACCAGUAUCUCCAUAAUGGUUGCUGUGCUUGUCUUGGUUAUUAUUGGUGUUGGAGUUGUUACAUUAUUAGUUAAAUACCAAAAAUGUAUAAAGUUGAAGCAAGUUCAGAGCCCACCUAGAGACACAAUGGGAGUAGAGAAUAAAGGCUACUUUGGUGAAGAACAGCAAAGGAUUGACCCAAUCCUGCCAGAUAUCCAUCCCCUACAUGGAAGAGCCGAAGAGUCCUUGGAGAACCUUCCAACCAGCUUUUCAAGUCCCCACUACGUCACACUGAAGCCUGCAGGUCAAGAUCUAAGAGGAAUCAAAGAUCCCACCCAAAGCGCCAGAGUGAGAUUGAAAUUGGAUAUCCACAAUGGCUGUGCAAGUCUAGGUUGAAGAUUCUGGAGCCAAGAUUUCACAACUUUCCCUAGAUUAUUUCCUACACAAAAUUCUUGUAGUUUUUCAAAUGUUCUUUAUUUGAACAGAUGUUUAGGUGAAAUAACUUCUUUCUGUUGCAUUUACUUAUAGAAAUCACAACCUGUAGUAUAGAUAUUUGCUAUGGGGAAAAAAGUGUCUUAUUGUUAAAUGUUCUUUAGUUCAAUAUGAAAAUAGUCUCCUUGCUCUAGUGUUUUCCUACAAAAUGUCCAUCUUCUUUUAAAGGGUCAAAACUUUUUUUUUUUUAACAGGCAGAGUUAGCGAGAGAGAGAGAGACAGAGAGAAAGGUCUUCCUUUUCCAUUGGUUCACCCCACAAGUGGCCACUACAGCUAGCGUGUUGCGGCUGGUGCGCUGCGUCGAUCUGA